CCCUCCGUCUUCUUUGUCAUCUUCCUCUUCUGGCUGGCGUUUCUCUCGUUCUCCUCCUCUUCUCCAUCCAGCCGGGCACCUUCGCCGUCAUCGCCAUCGGCUUCUCCGCCGACUGUCGUCCCGCCGCCGGGUCACCAUGGCAACGGUCAUCUGCACUCGUUUCACCGAGGAGUAUCAACUGUACGAGGAGCUGGGAAAGGGUGCGUUCUCAGUGGUGCGCCGCUGCGUGAAGGUGCUGUCGGGUCAGGAGUUCGCCGCCAAGAUCAUCAACACCAAGAAGCUGUCGGCGCGAGAUCAUCAAAAGCUGGACCGCGAAGCUCGAAUUUGCCGACUGCUCAAGCACCCCAACAUUGUGCGCCUUCAUGACAGCAUCUCGGAGGAGGCUCAUCAUUACCUCAUCUUUGACUUGGUGACCGGCGGCGAGUUGUUUGAAGACAUCGUCGCCCGAGAGUAUUACAGCGAAGCCGACGCCAGCCACUGCAUCCAGCAAAUUCUGGAGGCGGUGCUUCACUGUCACCAGAUGGGCGUCGUCCACCGUGACUUGAAGCCGGAGAAUUUGCUGCUGGCCUCCAAGUCCAAGGGGGCGGCGGUCAAGCUGGCCGACUUCGGGCUGGCCAUUGAGGUGGAGGGCGAGCAGCAGGCCUGGUUCGGCUUCGCGGGAACUCCUGGAUAUCUCUCUCCUGAAGUUCUGCGGAAGGACCCUUACGGGAAAGCCGUGGACCUGUGGGCCUGCGGUGUGAUCCUGUACAUCCUCCUGGUGGGCUACCCUCCCUUUUGGGAUGAAGACCAGCACCGUCUGUAUCAGCAGAUCAAAGCGGGAGCGUACGAUUUCCCGUCGCCCGAGUGGGACACGGUGACCCCCGAGGCCAAAGAUCUCAUCAACAAGAUGUUGACCAUCAACCCGUCCAAACGCAUCUCGGCCGCCGAGGCCCUCAAGCACCCUUGGAUCUCUCAUCGCUCCACGGUGGCGUCGUGUAUGCAUCGGCAGGAGACGGUGGAAUGCCUGAAAAAGUUUAACGCCCGCCGCAAGCUCAAGGGCGCCAUCUUGACCACCAUGUUGGCCACCCGCAACUUCUCAGGAGGGAAGACGGGAAACAAGAAGACGGACGGCGUCAAGGUGAGCGCACGCCGGGCUCGAUCCGCGGCUAACAAGUUCCCGCACGCUAACGCGCACUUCCUGUCGCCGCAGGAGUCCUCGGAGAGCACAAACACCACCAUUGAGGAUGAGGACACUCGAGUGAGGAAGCAGGACAUCAUCAAAGUGACGGAGAUGCUGAUCGAGGCCAUCAGCAACGGCGACUUUGAGAGCUACACCAAGAUGUGCGACCCGGCCGUGACGGCGUUCGAACCCGAGGCGCUGGGCAACCUGGUGGAAGGGCUGGACUUCCAUCGCUUCUACUUUGAAAACCUGUGGUCCAAGAACAGCAAGCCCGUGCACACCACCAUCUUGAACCCUCACAUCCACCUGGUGGGCGAGGAGGCGGCGUGCAUCGCGUACAUCCGCGUCACGCAGUACAUCGACGGCAACGGGACGCCGCGCACCGUCCAGUCGGAGGAGACCCGGGUGUGGCACCGCCGCGACGGCAAGUGGCAGAUCGUCCACUUCCACCGCUCGGGCUCGCCCUCCACGCUGAGCAACUAACUUCCUACCUUGGCGGUCCUUUGAUGAGGUCACCGUCACUCGGACGACCGAUUGGAUGACAGAAGGCCGGUCCCGUCGACAAAUAGGAAGUGGAGGCGCUGAGGGUGGGGCCGAACCGCAACAAACCGCUUCAAUGUUAGUCCGUCCAUGAUCAAUCAAAGCCCCGCCCCUUUUUAUUUUAUUUUUUAUUUUUGGGUUGCUUCAGCCACACCCCUCAUUAUAUCCCCUUAGUUCUGUUAUCAUGAAUAACAGACGUCCCUCACCACACACGUGGGCGGAGGGCUUAACAUAGCUCAGCGUUGCAAAAUGUCUAUCCGUAAACGGAGAGGGAAGUGGCUAGCAUGUGGGGUGUGUGUGUGAGAGAGAGAUUUGCCAGGGAACCAGUCGGGGGGGAGGGGGGGGCGGUAUGACCGAAUCCAGUUGUUAUCGCGAUUGCUACAUUUUGUUCCAUCCAGACGCUUCCUUCUCUCCUCUUUGACCUCUCGAGCUUCCAUAAACUCCUCCACUUUGACUCCGCCCCCUCAGGGGUCUGCUCCUUCCAAGCCCCGCCUCCUUCACUACCCUUUGGGCGGAGUCUAACAAACAGUAAUAAUACAAAAGACAAAAAAUAAUAAUCAUUUGAUGUCUGUUGUCUUUUGAGCUCGUUAAUCCUAUUGAAGAGCUUUCACGUUCAAUUCAAUUACUUUGUCUUCUGUGUGUGUGGGGGGGUAUGAUUGUGUGUACAUCGGUGUCUAGACGACUCUAUGGGUGAGUGUGUAUGAUUGUGUGUGUGCGUGUGUGCGUGCGCUCUUCUUCCGCUUUCAAGUGCAUGCGUUUGAACUUUGACACGCAACUUCCUGUUUGGAGUGGCUUCGUGCUCAUGUGAUUUUGGGCUUGUUGACGUCCAAGCAAGAUUCAUGU